AUGGGAGCCGUAGCACACUUGUCCCUGAGGGACAUCAGAGAAAAUGACCUUGCUGCCAGACUAGCUGAAAACGCAGGAGACGACUGCCCGCGGACAUGGGACGGCUGGCAGUGCUGGCCGGACACGCCCGCCGGCGCCGUCGCCCGUCGCCCAUGCCCCGACUACAUCUACUACUUCACUCGGCCGCCCACGUGCCCGCGCCAGGCCUACAAGCAGUGCAGUCGAGCGGGGACGUGGUACGUGGGACCAGGGGGCUCUGAGUGGAGUAACUACAGCACCUGCAGCACACUCGCCGUCCUGCAGACCCGAGUGAAGGUACAUCUCGCAGCGCACGUGGUCUCCGUCGCUGCUCUCAUCCCCGCCAUCGUCAUUUUUUUCCUCUACAAACAGCUGCGUGUGCCCCGUGUCGUCCUGCACAGGAAUCUCUUUCUGAGCCUUCUUCUCAACUCCAGUGUGGUCGUGGCCUUCCUCGCCGUGGUCAUGCUGCGGGAUGACCGUCACGCCCGCAUCCAGAGUAAUUCCCUAGGGUGCAUUGGUUUACUGCUUCUAACUAAAUUUUGCCGCUUGACAAGCUACAUGUGGAUGUUCUGCGAAGCCUUCUAUUUGCACAAGCUUGUGGCUUCGGCCUUCGCUGAGCAACGCAGUCUCUUCGUGUACUAUGCUAUAGGAUGGGGGUUCCCCAUCAAUCCGAUUAUCCUGUACGCCAGCUUCCGCGCCUCGCAUGCCAACGACCAGUGCUGGGUGGUUCCUGCAGAUCCUUAUGAAUGGAUCCUCAACACACCCUGUCUGAUAGCUCUUCUGCUUAAUCUAGUGUUCAUGAUCAAUAUCCUGAGAGUUCUCGUAACGAAACUACGUGCAGCCAACACUCACGAACCCAGUCAAUAUAGGAAGUCUGUGCGCGCCGCCCUCGUCCUCAUCCCCCUGUUCGGCCUCCACUUCUUGGUCACACUAUAUCGCCCCGCCGGCGUCGCCUGCCACGCCACCGAGCUCUAUCAUCACCUUAACUCUUGCGUGGAUGGACUCCAGGGUUUCUUCGUGUCCCUCGCCUUUUGCUAUUUCAAUGGUGAGGAAACCUCUAGCCCCAGGGAAUUUGCUUCAAUGCUGAAUGCAUCAAGAGCCUCAACUAGGGUUUCCGGAGACUCAGAUAGAAUAGCAAAAGAGAGGGAUGACCACACCCCUCAGCCCACACCUUAA